AUGUGGUCCAGCAGGGUUCUCAUUGAAACCUGUGUAUGGGCUGUGUUUGUGAAUGCUUGGUUCUGGAUAACAUGUGGUAUAGCCCAGAAUGGCAGUGAGGAGCACAGUCAGGAAGGGACAGUCCUGCCCCUGGGCACUCAGUACAGAACCCAUCUUCAGCUCAGCAGAAGGUGCAGACAUGGGGUCAACUCGCCUCAACUGGAGAGCCAACGGUGUCCCAACAUGCUUGGCUGUUGGGAGCAGACGUCCCGGAGCAGGCUACAGGACAACGAAAAUGGGAGACAGCAGCUUGUGGGAGUGAAGGAGAUGAUGUCUCAGAUACAAGAGGAGCUGAAAAAGCAUCAACAUCAAAUCAAAGUGCUAGACCUACAGCUCCAGGAGAAAGGUCGAAAGGAUGUGAAGUUGGAGGCUGAGGUACAGCACGUGAAGCAGCAAUCCAGUGAGAGCAGUACCUUGUUACAUAUUCAUGCCUCACUCAUCUAUGACUUGCAGACACAGGUUCACAACCUGCUGAUGUGGCUGGACCAGGCUCACAGCAACAACAACUGCUCACUCCACCACCACCUCCACCAACACCGGCACCAACCCGAACAACAUCAACACUCAGAUCUCCAAUACAUUCGGAACUGCCCCCUUGACUGUGCGAGCAUCUACUAUAACGGGGUGACUCAGUCUGGAAUCUACACCAUCAUUCCCUCCAUUGGAGGACUGCCCACCAGGGUCUACUGUGACAUGGAUACUGCAGGGGGAGGAUGGACCAUUAUCCAACGCAGGGUCGAUGGAACCAUUGACUUCAACAGAGGCUGGACUGAGUAUAAAGAGGGUUUUGGUGAACUAACAGGAGAGUUCUGGUUGGGUAACAAUCAUAUUCACGACAUUACAAGCCAAGGGGAAUACUCACUUCGAAUUGAUUUGGAGGAUUGGAAAUACCGACAGAAGUUUGUGCUGUAUGAAACUUUCAGGAUUGAAGAUGAAUCCAACCAUUUCCGCCUGCAUGUUGCAGGUUUCAGUGGAACUUUGGAAGAUUCCUUUGCCUGGUAUCACAACAAGAGGAGCUUCAGCACACCAGAUACUGGCAACAUCUGUGCCAAGAUCUCACACGGAGGCUGGUGGUAUCAUCAAUGCUUCUUCUCCAAUCUCAAUGGGAUUUACUACAAGGGUGGAAGGUACUCUGCAAAGGAUAAGGAGCUGCUGGGACCAGAUGGGAUUGUGUGGUACAGCUGGAAGAACUCUGAUUACUACUCUCUGAAAUCGGUGUCGAUGAAGAUCCGCCCACGGAACUUUCGUCCCCACCAGACACCCUGA